CAAAAAAAGAUCUACAACGAGCUUCCAAUCCAAGUCCUCGACCUCGAGUGAAAUACGUGCGCGGUCGAGUACUAGGCUGCGCAGCAUGGCGACGGUGGUGGAGGAGCUGUCCGAGCGCGAGGUGCUGUGGCCAGAGGCGCGCCACGGCGCUCCGGCUCCAGCGAGCGCGCUCGGUUUCUCGUCCUCGUCUCUGGCUCCGGCAGUCUCCAGGAGACACCUGCUGUCUUCAGGGGGCUACUGCUCUCGGCCCGUGGACAUUCCCAGGGCCGGGCGACUGCCCCGUGGACGUGCCGGUGCUGACCUGGCCGACGACGACGAUGAGGAAGAAGAGGAGGCCGACGACGGCUGCUGCGGCGCCAUGGUGCCGCCGCACCUGAUGGUGUCGCGGAGGCUGUCGGACGGGGAGGCGGCGGUUGCGUUCUCGCUGCGGUCGGGGCCCGGGAGGGCGCGCCGGGACCUCAGCCACCUGCGCCACUCCGUGCUACGGAUGACCGGCUUCAUCGAAGGAUGACGAGGAGGAUGACCAGUCGUUUGUGCAUAUGUGCCAGACUAGUCGCCACUCGUCUUCUCGGCCACGUUGGUCAAACAAUUUUGUUCUUAUCAUCUUCCCCCUUGGUUAAAAUCAAAUUAGUCUUCCACUUGUUGAAGGAAAUUUCUUCGUGGCUUGCGCUUCAUGUGGCCAGCCACUGCUGAGUUUAGGAUUUUCAGCAUCAUGGAACUAGCAAUGUUUGUAUGUGCUUCUUCAAAUGAAAAUGCUAUUGUCUGGACAA